CUGUGACUGGCUGCGCCGCGCUGGUCGGCGGGCGCGUGCCGGAGGAGGGAGGGCAGAUGCUGGCCGCGGGGUCGCGCGCGGCGAGCCCUGACUGGCCGGCCCAGUGGGCGACCGGCGUGUGAGGCGCGCGCGCGCGCGCCCGUCCGCCUAAGGGAGGGAGCUUGUUCUGAGGUACUUUUGGUGGGAACCGGAGCGAGGCCGCAGGCGGGCGGCGCUGGCGAGAGGAAGAGGAAGAGGAAGUGGCGCCGUGCGGUCCCCCCCGCCCUUCCUUCCCCGGCCGGGCGGAUGCUUCGUGGGUAGGCGGCGGCGGCGAGAGGCGGCCACCUGGCUGUGGCUGGCGGCGGGGCCUGGCAGGGCCGGGCGAAGAUGGUGCUGCUGAGGGUCCUCGUCCUGCUCUGCUCCUGGGCGGCCGGAGCCGGAGGUCAGUAUGGAAACCCUCUAAAUAAAUAUAUAAGACAUUAUGAAGGACUGUCAUAUGAUGUGGAUUCAUUACACCAAAAACACCAGCGUGCCAAAAGAGCAGUAUCCCAUGAAGACCAAUUUUUGCGCUUAGAUUUUCAUGCUCAUGGAAGACAUUUUAAUCUGAGACUGAAGAGAGAGAUGUCUCUCUUUAGUGAUGACUUUAAGCUAGAGAUGUCAGAUAAAGUAUUUGAUUAUGAUACCUCCCAUAUUUACACUGGGCACAUUUAUGGUGAACAGGGAAGCUUUAGCCAUGGAUCUGUUGUUGAUGGAAGAUUUGAGGGAUUCGUUAAGACUCACACUGGAACUUUUUAUAUUGAGCCAGCAGAAAGAUAUGUUAAGGACAAAGCCCUACCUUUUCAUUCUGUCAUGUAUCAUGAAGAUGAUAUCAAAUAUCCCCAUAAGUAUGGACCACAGGGCGGUUGUGCAGAUCAUGCUGUCUUUGAAAGGAUGAGAAAAUACCAAAUGGCCAGGGGGGCAGAAGAAGAGCCAAGGCACCAGCAGCCAUCUGAGGAACAGAUCAGAGAUGACCCUGAGCUCUUGAGGAGAAAACGAGCCGCGCAAGCUGAAAAGAACACAUGUCAACUCUAUAUUCAAACCGAUCAUCUUUUCUUCAGGUAUUACGGAACCCGAGAAGCUGUGAUUGCACAGAUUUCCAGCCAUGUCAAAGCAAUUGACACAAUUUACCAAUCUACAGAUUUCUCAGGAAUCAGAAAUAUCAGUUUUAUGGUAAAACGAAUUAGAAUCAACACUACCCAAGAUGAAAAAGAUCCUUCUAAUCCCUUCAGAUUUCCAAACAUUGGUGUGGAGAAAUUUCUAGAACUUAAUUCUGAGCAGAAUCAUGAUGAUUAUUGUUUGGCCUACGUGUUUACUGAUCGUGAUUUUGAUGAUGGUGUCCUUGGCUUGGCCUGGGUUGGAGCACCUUCAGGGAGCUCUGGUGGAAUCUGUGAAAAAAGCAAGCUUUAUUCUGAUGGGAAAAAGAAGUCCCUAAAUACUGGCAUAAUCACUGUGCAAAACUAUGGUUCCCAUGUCCCUCCUAAGGUCUCCCAUAUCACCUUUGCGCACGAAGUGGGACAUAACUUUGGUUCUCCUCAUGAUUCUGGAACAGAGUGCACUCCAGGAGAGUCCAAAAACCUGGGGCAAAAAGAAAAUGGCAAUUACAUAAUGUAUGCACGGGCAACCUCUGGUGACAAACUGAACAACAAUAAAUUCUCUAUCUGUAGUAUUCGGAAUAUCAGCCAAGUGCUUGAAAAAAAGAGGAAUAAUUGUUUUGUUGAAUCCGGCCAACCCAUCUGUGGAAACGGGCUGGUAGAGCAAGGCGAGCAGUGUGAUUGUGGCUACAGUGACCAGUGCAAAGAUGAGUGCUGCUACGAUGCCAACCAGCCAGAGGACAAGAAGUGCAAGCUGAGACCCGGCAAGAGUUGCAGCCCCAGUGAAGGCCCUUGUUGUACACAGAAUUGUGAAUUCAAGAAAGAGCGGGAAAAGUGCCGGAAUGAUUCUGAGUGUGCAGAAGAAGGGAGGUGUGAUGGUAACUCUUCUUUCUGCCCCACAUCUACACCAAAGAAAAACCUGACCGAGUGCAACAGAAACACUCAAGUUUGCAUCAGUGGUCAAUGUGCUGGCUCUAUCUGUGAGAAAUUCGACUUAGAAGAAUGUACCUGUGCCAGCUCUGAUGCAAAGGAUGACAGAGAACUAUGCCACGUCUGUUGCAUGAAGAAAAUGCAUCCGGAAAGCUGUGCCAGUACAGGAUCUGAAGCAUGGAAGGCUCACUUCAGUUAUAAAACCAUUACCCUCCAGCCUGGGUCCCCCUGCAAUGAUUUCAAAGGCUACUGUGAUGUAUUCAUGCGCUGUCGUUUGGUGGAUGCAGAUGGCCCCCUGGCCAGGCUGAAGAAGGCCAUUUUCAACCCAGAACUCUAUGAAAACAUUGCCGAGUGGAUUGUGGCGCACUGGUGGGCCGUCCUGCUCAUGGGCAUUGCGCUCAUCAUGUUGAUGGCAGGGUUCAUUAAGAUCUGCAGCGUUCACACCCCAAGCAGCAAUCCGAAGCUGCCGCCACCCAAACCCCUUCCAGGCACUUUGAAGCGAAGGAGACCCCCCCCGACGACUCAGGCCCCUCCACGCCAGAGGCCCCGAGAGAGCUACCAGAUGGGCCACAUGAGACGCUAAGGGCUGCUUUUUGCCUUGGUUCUUCCUAGUGCCUACAGUGGGAAAAUUUCACUCCAAAGAAAACCUGUAUUAAGUCAUUGUCCCUGGUCAAUGGAGGAGGCUCUCAGACCCUGAGAUCCCCUUUCCCUGCCCCAAAGCGAAGGGGCCGGCCGUGAAGCAGAUCUUUAGCAGUCUUAAGCAAAGCGUUCCUCUCCUCCUCAGCUAGCUCUUCACGGUCACCUUUCCUUCACUUGCAGGUAAAGGUAGCUCUGAUGGAACCUCUUCACAGGAAUUAAAGCAUCUCUUUCAGCUGCCGGGCUAGGAAGCGAGACUGCCUCAAUGGGGGAGACGUUACUUUGCCAAUGUACAUAAGUGGUUAUAUGCAGACACUGUAUUUCUAAUGUACACCUGUACUUCUGUGUGCAAUUGUAAAACAAUAUAAUUGCAAUAUGGAUGUUCCUUUAUAUUAUAAACCUUUUAUGCUCUUAAUGAAGAAAUUACUGUUUAAUUGACAUACUCAGGAUAACAGAAGGUUGAUGGUGUAUAAAGGUCCAGGAUUCUGUAAUGCUUUACACAGGAAUUGUGAAUCACGUCAAGUCCGUGCAAUUUUUAUGCAUCUCUAUUUUGGUCAGAAUUACUGCUGAGGCACGGUCCAGGUGCUGUGUUCAGGUCCUUUUCCUGCCCGGCUCCGCUGGGAGGAUUCCAGGCUGCUCCAGGGAGGCUGCUGUGGGAAGAGCUUGUCCAGGGUUUGGCUCGCCUGCCCUGGAUCGCACAGGGGGGCCCUGAAUGGUUAGGUCAAAUGCCUGACUUCUGGAGAGGGCCACAGAAGUAUUCAAAAAGAAAAAAGAAACCUUUGCAUAUUCUGUUAAAUGUGGAGUUGACAUUAAAGGAGGGUUGACUCCCCCCCCAUGAUUUGGUAAUCCGAUCACCUUGAUAAGUGAUAAUAAGGAUCCCAAUUCUGAAAAUUUGGGAGAAAGUAAAGCUGUGUUUUGUUUUGUUUUUUAUUUUAACAAGUAUUUGAAUAAUCUUUCAGCAUGAAACUGUUUAAAAAGAUAACCACUAAAACAGAAGCCACUACUGCGGGAGGUUGCUGUGGUUGUGUAAUUAUUGUAGGCUGAGGAAUGUGAAAGGCAUUAAUGAGGAUCUCAAACAGCACAAUGGCCCAAAGUUUUUACUGCAAGUGUAUAUAAUUGGCAUUUUUUUAAAGAAAGAAAAAGCAAUGUCCCAAUAUGCUCAACUGCUAUGCAGGAAAUGGAAGAGGGCAUUAUUCAGGCUUGAAUUCACUGCUUCUGUUUUUCCAAAAGCACCAAGCUGAUUGGGAACCAAAUGGCUGCAAAAUAUUUCUGGCUGUGCUUAGAAACCCAGUUGUGUUUUGGGGUGGGGGGUGCUAGCCAAGCUGUGGAUUUUGUUUUGUUUUUUCAAGAGUAUGAGAUUUAGACAUUUCAGUCUCAUUUUGUGACUCACAAGCCAGCAAGGCAGAAAACUUUAAAAUAAUAUAAUGGGAUCUCUUCCUUGUAAAACUUGUACAGUAUGUGGUGGCUUUUUUCAGAAUACAGGUUUUUUGUACAUGGUUUAGAGACAAAUUUUGUACAUGAAUCCCCCAGAUUAAUAGAUUAUAAAUAAUUCUGAAGGAUCUUAACUAGCUAGAAGUCUCUAUAGUUGCUUUUAAAUCAUUUUAAACUACAUUUUGGGAUUGUUUUUUCUUCAGACUGCAAAGACUGGAAGCUUAGGUUUGCAUUUCUGAAAUGGUGGGUUUUAUUCUACAAGAGUUCUUAGUAACUUCUUGAAUAUGAUAGAUCUUGGACCAUGUAACUUCUUUGCUUGUGAUGUUAUCCUGUGGCAAGAGAGCACGGCAGAGAGCGGCUGCCCUGUUUUUACUGGGCGCCGAAGUUUAAUGUUUUCUGCAAAGAAAAAAUGCACUGAACUCUCCACUGCAAGUCAAGAUGUGGUAAAAUAAAGCUAUCAAGGCAAAUUGCGAUCUAAUACUACUGUCAGUUUAAUGUCCACUGUGUUUUAUACAGUAUCUUUUUUGUUCACUUUGGAAAUUUUUACUAAAAAGUUGCAAAAAAAUAUAAAGUAUUGUGCAAACAGAUGUAAGGGUUUUUGAAACUUGAAAUGCAUUAAUAAACAGAUCUGAUGAAAUCA